AUGAAAAGGUGGUUAGUCGAGUUGCCUGUACAAACAUGCCAUGUGUUCGACGCUGGCGCUAAAACCGCAAUGGAUUGUCUGCUUUCCUCUUUUUGAUUUUGAGACAAAAUGGAUUGAGCCGUGCUCUGCAUAAUUAUGCUGCAUCAUUUCAAGUCGGCAUUUUGGCGGUUUUCCAUCUUUUGCACUACAGUCUACUUUAUUGGUUUUAUUUCUUUUGUAAGUUGAGGGAAAAAAACUGAACUUCGAAAAAUAAAUUUUGGGCAGCCAAGCCCGAUAUUUCUGCAUCAAGUGUCUUCAAGUUCAGCGUUGGCCUUGGUCAUGGUGAAUUAUCAACUUCUCUUCUAUUUUUUUCUACUAUUUUUCAGGUUUCAAAUACAUGGACGAGAUCAAUUUCACGACCAAAAAGCAAAAAGAUACAGUCGGUUUUGUGUGAUUCCGCACGUCUACAGAAGUCGAAAACGGGCUGAUAAAUUGACAAUGGUCGCUCAUUCUUCCGCCAAUUAUUUAGGUAACUAUCUAUGAUUCUCCAAGCUUUUUCCUGGAAAAAAAUUAUUAUUUUUUUCCAUUGCCCGCCCUGCUUAUUUCUCAAACUUUUCUCAAUUUUUUUAUAACUCUCAUUAUUUUUUUCAAAGAUGAUAACCUACUGAAAAUGGCUCGUAACUGGAAUGGUCAGCUGUCGCUCGCAAUUUACACAAGCUCCCAUCAUUCGGGCAACACUUCUUCAGAUAGUUCUAUCGAUAAUGUUAUCAGAAAAGUUUGGAACAGCAGCGAUUCAUAUUUUCCUUCUUUUUUUUUGCAGAUUUUUCAAUUGACAAAUUGUUUUGAACCCAUCGCGGAAGCCUUAGACGCACAUUUGUUCUUCACAACGCCGGAAGAAGAAGAUUGUCCCGAAUUUGACAUAAGUAUAAACAGUUUUUUUUUAUCAUUGACAAACCUUCUAUCAUUUUUUUCACUAACUUCAAGGUUUCCCGGCACGAUGGGCUUCUUGUGACGACAGUUUGAAGCCUUUGGAGAAAUUCCGAUUUUCACAUAUUGGGGGUUCUUAUCCCGUUAAUGUCGCAAGAAACAUUGCAAGAAAAGUUUGAAGUUCUUCCGGAAUAUUGACUUUCUGGUCAUUUCAGGAGCACGAAGCUGAGUACGUCCUGUUGGCCGACAUGGAACAAGAAUACUCAUCUAACGCGGAGGAGAACUUGAGAAACGAAAUUAAAAAACUCGAUAUCAGAAAGAACAAAUAUGCUUUGGCUAUUCGACGCUUUGAAUAUGAUGAGAGCAGGGAGUAUGUUAUGGUUUGCUUGAAGUACAAAUAUUUCUGAGUCAAAACAUUACUGAAUCUCAUUUUCUUUUUUUUUGCAGUUGUCACGAAAAAAUGCCAGUGGCAAGUUAAUGCCUCCAUAUUUUUAAAAGUUACUUUCCUAAAUUUGCUUAGUCAACAUGAGAAAAAAACGACUUAAAUUUGGAUCAAACGUUUAUCAUAGGAAAUUAUGCGCAAAUGAGCUUUUAAGCUUCAUAUUUAUCAGAUAUCGAUUGAUUAUCAUAAGCAAGCCUGAAAGAGAGUAUAAAUGAUCAAAAAUCAGUUCUCGACAAGCUUUGUAGUCAAUUUCUGUUUUUAGAUGUAUUCGCCCGAUUUUCAAAUUAAUUUUUUUCGAAAGCAUUAUAAUGGUCGUUUUCUCGAGUAUUUCAGAUUUUGUCAGUGCAUAUCUGUGAGUUUCAGGCCGCCCAAAACACUGGAGGAACUUCGCGAGGCGUACGGCAAGACGGCAUAUGUUUUCCAUUAUUUCUUCUGGAGACAAGGCCACUGGGUCCCAGGCCUCAAAAAGUGGCUCCGAGGGGCCGAAGAGCAGGUUUUUCGAUGCUUUCCAGCCACGUGCUGUUUUGAGAAUUGUGAGCAAACACGCGAGCCGCCUUACUUUGCUCAAUCCCAGCCAAUUUAAUGCAAAUAUUUGUGGAGCAUUUCGUAAUUGAUUGAAAAAGUUUGAAGAGCGCAAUCGGAAAUUGUAUCGUUGUCCACAAGAGUUUUUUUUUCAGUUCCGUAUUGAAAAUAAAGAUGGAAAAAUCUAGAAAUACUGAGAAAUUUCAGAGAAAAUAAGAAUAAUUUGAUUUUUCGGAACAAAUUAAAGUUUCCCGUGUUUGAUUAAGCUCACCUGGAUCAAAGGCUUUUUGAUGGUUAUAAACUCUGAGAAGUUAGGCGAACAAUAGUUUAUUUUCUAGUAACGCUUCGAUAUUUGAGCUCCGCUUUUACAUUUUCAAAAUGUAUUCCAGACUCGAAUAAUCGAUAUUCGGAAAAUGUGGGUAUCUUCCUGGGAGCCUAUGUUCGUGGCUCACAACUCGAUCCCAUACCACAACGAAGAUCUGAGCUACGGCUUGGAUAAUCAAGUUGCCCUCGUAAGUUUUUCUUCCUCUUGCAAGUAAUUUUUCAUUUUCGAAAAGUUUCCAAAAGAGUCUGAUUAAGAUUUUUUUUUCGCUAACGUUUCCAAAACAUAUCAAAAAAAUCCCAUCCAAGCGGCCGAUGAAAUUUUUCUCUGCUUUUUCAAGAGCCCCAGCUAGGAGUUCAGAAGUAACAAAAAUUAUACAAAAUGAAAAGCUCUCAAAAAAGUCUCUCUAUAUUUUUGAGCUCUCUCUCAAGCAUUAAGCGCAGCAUCUCAUUUCAGAAAUAGAACGCAAAGACCAUGUUUCAGAUUUCUUCUUCCUAUGGAUGAUCUUAGUGAGGUUCAAAUUUUAUAUAAAAAAUCUUGAGCUCGGGACAGAAUUAUUAUUUCCAAAAAUGUUUACUGAAUUGAAUUUUUUACUGGGAUCAGUCGACCAUAAAAUGAGUCACGAACGUAUAAAAAGCGUAGAAGUGGACACAUAUUCGUAAUGAAUCAUGAAUUUCCAGACACCUUUUCUCGCCGUUUUUACCUGUAAGUAGAAAAGGGUUCUUUUUGCAAUUGGAAAUGAGGCUUACCAAGCAGUAUUUCUUGGUUUCCCCUUAAACCCUGACUAAUUGAAACCUUUGUUCUUCCCAAGGUUCUCACGUGAAUAACUCUGCUUAAGCCUUUCGCCAAGACAAAAGCGAUGAGGAAGCAGUAGGCUUCCCUUUCCCAUUUGUUUUUUUUUUGAGUCUGUCUGAACUCAAAGUUACAUAAAAUAAGGUGAAGGAAGUUUCCGUGAUCUGCAGGCAUUGCACAUGUGCUGCGCGGGAUAUCAGUUUGCGAUCUCUGAAAACGUGUUCAGUAUGCAUAAAGGGAUCCGCAGACGAUCGCAAAGGAGACACGGAGUCAGCGGAGCAGUAAGUGCACAAAACAAACUCAGCCAAUAAAUGUCUUUCAUAAUCAUUUUUAAGUAUAUGGUGACGUUGUCGGAUUUUAGGAAAGCAAUUUAAAGAUGUGAACCUUAGAUUUAAUGAAAAUGGCAAUAAUAGAAGAGACGAAAUCGAGUGUCAUUUUGGAAGUCAAAAGAUAUCAAAUCAGUGACGAAAUACAGAUAAACUCGAUAAAAUGAAGCAACGAGAAUAUACCGUCCAAAAUAAUAGAAUAACCGGAAUUCGUUGAAAUCUCAGGCAAGGAGCUUAGAUUAUUCUUACAGACAAAUAAAUAAUUUUUGAAACUGUUCAGCUGUAUCCUUCAUUUUAGCAACUUGUCAGAAAUUUUUCCGGAAAUUUUUAUUUUAUUCUUGAAAACAAGGGAACAUUGCAGCAACCAAUUAAUGGAAUAGAGAAAGUUCUUCGUUAAUGGCACAGAAACGAAUAAACGUGAAUUUUUUUCGGGAUAAAAUCGGUCAUUUCAGGCCUUCAGACACGGUGCCCGCGGACUUCGGCUUUUCUAUCGAAAAAUGGCCGAACAAUAUCCUGAAAGAGCACGGCGAUGCGUGAGUUCAUUUAAUGAGUUUUACAUCAAAAGUUGAUUUUUCAGCUAAAAAAUCGAUAUCCAAAAAGAUGGAUGGAGAAUCGAAAAACGCGGCCAAAUGAGAAAAAUUAA